GUGCGGAGGCGUACUGCUCUUGGAUUGUGCAAUAGCUUAUUUACACGGGAGGUGAUUUCCACGAGCAAACCGCAGUCCUGAGUCUCCGCGAAACGCGGGCCAGGCUAAGAAAUGUCACAGGUAUUUCAUACAUGAGACUUACACAAAUUUAGUAGGCUGGCGGGCGCGCUGCAGUCGUCGAGCCGUUGCUCCCUCCUCGCGAGACAGCAGCAGCGUGCGUGGCAAACAGCUCUAUUUGGGCAAUUUUCAGGCCUCGUAUACUGGGGGAACUGACAUUUGCAAAGUUAUGUAUGGCAGCCGGCCUGGUAACGCGGCUGAUGUGGCGCAUGGGAACAGUGCUGCGGACUUGAACGCGAUGCUGGAAUACCACGCAGCAGCUAUGGCAGCGAUAGGGGACGCCGGCGAUCAACUGGACGCUCGCUCGACCGGGGUUGACGGGAUGGACCCGAGCCUUUGCGACGAUGGCGGUGACGGAAGCUUCGGCCCCGGAGGCUAUCACAUGCUGCGCCCGGCGCCGGGAAGCGCGCCGGUGUCCUACUACCCUCCCAGGCGCUAUCCAGCUCACAUGGCAGCUUACCGCGGCCUAGCCGCGGGUGCCAUGUACCGGCACCCCGCCGCUGCAGCGGUGUAUGCGCGCCACACGCACGCCGUACCGCCGCCUGCCUACGGACUGCCGCCGCCGUACGCCGCCGCAGCGACGUCACCGCCACACAUGCGGCGGCACCCGCAUGCACCGGCGGUGGCCAUGACUGCGUACCGCGGAGCGGGGGCGCCGCCGCCGUACCUGGGGGAAGAUGAUGGCACGCCACGCGCGUACCAGCACUCCACACCUUUCUUGGCCUCGGAGGCUCAGGCGGCGGCCGUGGCCGCCGGUGCAGCCGCAGCAGCGGCAGCAGCAGCCGACGCCGAUGCGGCAUCCGACGGCGCCGCCGCCUUUGCGCGCGCGCACUCGGUCGGAGGUGCUGACGCAGGCGCAGCGGCGGCCGCUACGGCUGCGGCGGCGGGUGGUGGUGGUGGCGGUGGCAGCGCGCGGCUGAGUGAUGGCGGCGCCACGUCGGCGCUGAGUGGCGGCGGCGCCGCCGGCAGCUCGGGGCUGCGUGGGCCCAUGUACUCCAUGCCGCCGUACGGCAUGCCCUAUCCGUACGGUCAUAUGCCGUACAGGGUACGACAUGGCAUGUACCCGUACCCGCCGCCGCACUACUACCGGCCGGAAGACGUGGCGGCGGCCGCGCACUACCGCCGGGGCCAACCCUACUACCCGUACCCGUACCCCUAUGGCAGCCCGGCGGCCUCCGCCGGCGGCGCGCCGCCCGGCGCCGCCCAUUAUGGCGACGACGCACAGACGCCGCCGCCGCCGUACACUGCUGGGAUGUACGGCGGCUGGGGUUACGAUGACGUGUACGGCUACGGCGCCCGCAUGCCGUAUCCGCCGUACCAUCCCGGUGAAGCCGCUGCCGGCGGCGGCGCCGCCGACUCCGCGGCGGCGGCGGAGCUCCUGGCUAUGCCUGGCAGCGGUGGAAGCGGCGGCCAGCCCGGUUCGGCGGCAGCGGCAACGGCGGCGGCGGCGGCGGGGCACGGCUACCCCCACACACAUGCGAUGCAUGGGGGCGAGGUAUACCUCCAUGCGCAUAACGCACAGGCGCAGGCGCAAGCACGCGCGCACGCGCAGGCACAGGCCGCGGCAGCCGCCGGCGCAGGCCCACACCUCACAGCUGACCCCACGUCGCCCACCCGGGCGCAAGCAUCCGCAGCGGCAGCGGUAGCGGCAGGAGCGGCUGUGCCCUCGCCCUUCGGCAGCCAGCCUCUGCACCCAGCAGCAGCAGGCGCGCCGCCGGGCCACGCCGCGCACGCGCAGGCCCACCCCCAGCACCACCACCUGCAACACCAGCAGCAGCACCAACACCACCAACACCACGCGCACGCGCACGCGCACGCGCACCCGCACCCGCACCUGCACGGGCCCUCAGCUGCCUACGCGCCGCAAGCGCAGGCGGCGCCGCCGGCUGGUCCGCACGACCUGUUGCGACGCGCCUACAGCACACCAGGCGAGGCGCAGUACGGCAUGAGUACGGCAGGUGGCCACGGCGGCAGCGGCGCCGCCGCCGCCGCUGUCAAUCACGGCGCCGCCGCAGCCGCCCCUCACAUGGCUCGGCACUCGCACUCAGCCGGCAUCACGUUGCAACCAGGUCCGCCGUUCGGAGGCGGCGGCGGCACCACUGGCGGCGGCUCGUCGCUACCGGAGCUCCUUUACUCGCAGCUCAAUGGCGGCGGCGGCGGCGCUGGCGGCGGCGGCAGCGGCGGCGGCGUGGACGCCGAGGAUGCUGAGGAGGAGGCGCUGCACGCGGAGCUUCACGGCCUCAUGGGAGACCUGGCGGCAGACGGCUACGGCCACCGGCACCCCGGCACCAGCGGCGGCGGCGGCGGCGGCGGCGUUGGAAUGCACGGGCAAGGCAACGGCAACGGGCACGGCAACGGCAGCGGACAUGGUAAUGGUAACGGGCACCACGGGAAUGGCCUGGGGCAGCACCCGCACCACCACCACGUGCUCGCGGCCGGCAGCGGCGGCGGAGCUGCAGCAGCAGCGGCGGCGGUGGCGGCGGCGGCGGCGGCACCGCGGCAGGGCUCACACGUGAUGGCGCAGCAGGGUCUGGCGCAGCAGGGUCAGGAGCAGGGGCAGCUCCAGAGGCGGCAGCCGUCGUGGGGCGGCGGCGCCGACGGGGGUGCGCUGGCGGCGCCCGGAGGCACGGGCGGGUCGGCGGAUGGCCAGGCGCACCACGGGGCGCACAAGGCCGCGGCGGCCGCCGCCGGGUUCUUGGCACACGGGUGUGCUGAACAGCGUCUUGGCGACGGCGACCUCAGCGAUGGCGACGGCGACGGCGACGGCGGAGAGGAACACAAGUUCUUUGUCGGGUCGGGCGGCCACCUGCCCGGUCACUACUCCCUCGACGGCACCGCCUAUGGCGCUGCCGGCGGCGGUGGCAGCGAGCCGCCGGAUGCCGACGGCGGUGCUGGCGGCGGCGACGACGACCUCGACGGCGCCGACGUUGACGCCGAUGGCGGCGGCGGCGGCGGCGCCGGCUCCGACGGCGGCGCGGCGGUUGGCCGGCGGCGGGCGACCGGCCGGCGGCGCGCCUCCGCCGCCGGCGCCCGCCGCCGCGCCGCCGCUGCUGCGGCGUUGUUGGAGGACACGGAUGACGACGAUGACGUAACGCCGUCACGGCGGUCGCGGCGGAGGGUGGCGCCGCGGCGCUACGGCGGCGGCGAGGGCGGCGCCGGACGCGGCGCCGCCGCCGCCCGGCGUCAGUCCUCAAUGGGCGGUGGCGGCGGCGGCGGCAGCGGCGACCUUGGCUCUGGCAUGUCGGGUGACGACUUGCAGAUUGGCGCUCGCCCCACGCUGGAGCAGCUGCUGCCGCAGUCGGUGGACGCGGUGGCGGACCUCGAGGUGCUGGGCGACCUGGAGCCUCAGCGUGUGGAGGCGCUGCUGGAGAAGGUGCAGCGCAAGGGCAAGGGCGGCCGCGCGCCCGCAGGCGACCCGCGACUGGACCCGAGAAUAGACCCGCGCAAGGCGCGCCGCAUCCUGGCCAACCGCAUCUCAGCCGCGCGCUCCAAACUCAAGCAGAAGCUCAUCCUGGAGGGACUCAAGGCUCGCUACGAGCAGCUGAUGAGCAGCAAGGACGAGUACGGGCGCGAGCUGGCGGACCUGCGCAAGGCGUGCAAGGAGCUGGAGGGCAGGAACAGGGGGCUGGCGGGAAAACUCAAGGACCUUGUCAACGGGCCUUUCUCCGACGAUUCGGGUCAGAAGUAACGACACACCAAGCGGAACACGGCGAGGUUGAUUUACUGAUUUAGUGCAUCGCAUUGGACAGCGCCGCAAGCUGGCUUGGCGGCGGCGGUGGCGGCGGCGGUGUGUAAGGGUACAACCCAGCAGUGUUACACACACACGCACCGCGUCACCGAUGUAAGCCCUGUAUGGUGGCGAGCGUCAUCACAAGCCGCGACGGCGCUGCAGCCCUCGUUGCAGGACGAGAGCACAGGGAGUUGUAGGCAGACGCCGGCGGCCUUGCAGCAAGCGCGGGCCCCGGCACCGAGCAUUGAUUUUUGUGGAUGUGCAGACAUUGAAGCUAGCGAGGUGCGUGCCGCAGGCUCUGGCCCCCUAGCAGCUUGCUCGGCCCCCGAGCCCUGCAUGCGAGAUAUAUUGACGUGUUCGCCGCGCACGUACGGUAGUAUUGUGGCAUGACAUCUUGUUUUUCGACACUUUCUCUCUCCUGGUGUUUGCAUGCGGUAUUAUUUACAUGUGCGACGGCAUAUGUGACUCUACAUCAACUCGACAGCACCGGUUCGGCCAGGGCUGGGCGUUAGUGCUUGACAUUGGACGCGACAUCUGUCGGUAUGGUAUGCGGGCAGGUGGUCUGAAUAUGGCGCAGGAUGGCUCGUGUUUGACGACAAGCAAGCGGUCCGUGGUUGUGCGGGUCCUGAAGUUGUGAUGCUCACGUGCGGCGAGGAGGGACGGCAUUCUUGCACUUGCCUUUGUUGCUGGACAAUCAGCAAUGCCCAGACGGCGGGGCUGGGAUGGGGCUUGCGGUGUGUGGAUGACCAAAUGGAACCGGUGAUUUCGGACAUGUUUGCGGGGUAAGCGGUCCCUCUGAUUUUGCUAGGGUUACCAGGGCAAACACGCCGUGCGCUCAUGUGUGGCGCCCCGCUGUGCCUGACUUGGCUGAGGGCUGACCUGCUCCUGCUUGCAUUAGUCAUGAACGGACGCCAGUGCUUAUUUCUUGGGUUUUCUCGUGGGUGCCGCGGACUCCCGCCGUGAUAUGCAUUGCUUUGCCCCACUGGCGUGAAAUGGGCCACCAGCCUUCCUCGCCUUUGUUUCCAUUGGAGCUGAGAUUAUCGUGUGGUUGGCUCGGCUCCUGUAUGCCGCAUUGCCGCGUAAUUUCUGGUACGCAUUAGUAGAUUAGCUAUCCUGCGCCGGCCAUGAAUUCCCUUACUGGACGGGACGCAUCUCUCACUUUGCCAACCUUGCUCGUCUUUGCUUUAUAAAGUGAUUCAUGUCUCUACACAUUGCAAUCUUUCUUGACAGUGCGGAAGGGAUGACCAAACCUGGCGGUACACGAUGUACGGAGAUGGGCUGUUCCUCGGGCCGCUCUGAUGGACCGAGAGUGACAUUUGGAUGUUGCGGCUCCGCAUUUCAAUCUUCCUCGCUCGAUGAUAAGCUCAGUAAAACUGAGGACGCCCAAGAUUGGUUUGAUGGGGCGGUAGAUAGAUGGAUAUGUCGGUCGGCGUACGUCAUGCCUGCGCAUCACUUCGUAUGACGUGUGAUAAAAUGUUGCAUGACGUGUGAUCAAACACUUUGCGUGUCGUCGCCGCCGAAGUGGUACACGGUCCUUCGGCCACCAGCGCAGGGAUGGGGAAUUAAAGUACUUGCGUUGCUUCGCCGCUGGUUCCAAGGACUGCAGUUUGAAGACGUCCCAAACGAUUAAGCC